GAUGCAAGUACACAUAUACAAGAGGGGGUCCCAGUCGUGUUUUACCUCUCACAUCUUGCUUCUCUCCUCGUCUUUCUUUCUCUCCUUUCUGCCGUCUGCCUCUGCGAAAGUACAUUGCUGAGACUCAAUCACCGCUGAGAUGAAGUCGCUCUCCGUUGCCGCCGCGUUCGUCGCGAGUGUCCAGGCAGGUCUUCGUUUUGGAUGCUCGAGUCUGACUAUCCAGCGCCUUGAUCCCGUCGUGCAGCCUGGCUCUGAUCCCUCUUCUCAUUUACACCAUAUCGUUGGCGGUAAUCAAUUCAAUGCUACUAUGACUGGCGAUGUUGGCGCCAGGGGCAGCUGUACCACUUGUCAGAUGGCAGAAGACUUCUCUAAUUACUGGACUGCUGUUAUGUACUUCAAGCACCCCACUAAUGGCUCUUAUCACCGAGUGCCAGUUGUCAAUAAUGCGGCACUCGCAUCUGGCACCACAGGUGGAAUAACGGUCUACUACACGCCAUAUGAUCUGUCGAGGGACAAUCUCAAGCAGCAGCCCAUAACUGUUUUCAAGCCAGGCUUUCGUAUGACCGUCGGCAGCCCUACAACCAAUGCUACCCAAGCCGCAAAGCAUAUCGGUCUAAGUUACAACUGCCUCACAACACUUAUAAAUCGAGGACCAGAGAUGAGGGACUUUCCCACCAAACCAUGUCCAGCUGGUAUUUUUGUUACACACCAUUUCCCUGCAUGCUGGGACGGCAAGAACCUUGACAGCCCUGACCACCAGUCCCACAUGUAUAACACUAUUACUUUGGACGGUUUCACCAACGCCCCUCCGUGCCCAUCAUCUCAUCCCGUUCGCGUACCACAGGUGACCUAUGAGACCGUCUGGGACACGACCAAGUUCUCAAGUCUAUGGAAAUCGGGAGAUCCGAACCCUUUCGUGUGGAGUUUUGAGGGCACUAGUGGAUAUGGCACUCAUGCUGACUAUAUGUUUGGCUGGAAGGGUGAUGCCCUCCAGCGCGCUAUGAAUAAGUCCGAAUGCUUCUACGACGGUUGCGGCUCUAUUACCAAGCAGGAUAUGUCGGUUGCUAAUAAAUGUACCGUCAAGGAUAUGGUCGGAGAGAACAUCGACGGAUGGGUCUCUCACCUUCCGGGUAUGUCUUCAUAAAUGCUGAAGGAAUAGAACUCGAGCAGGAACCAGGCAAUUUUCUUACACGAUGGAAACUCGAAAGCCCAUUCGCUUCAAAUUUCUACUUUUGAUGUUUGUAUGUUUGUUUUGGAGGACUUUUGGUAGCAAACGUUACGAAACGUUGCCACAAUGUAUCGUAGCAAGACAUUCGUUUAGUUACAACUCAGUGGUUCUACAAGUCGCCAUGAACGAGAUCCUCCAGGACCUGAUUCAGUCGCGG